AUGUCUGCUCUAUUCUCAUCAGGUUUAUCUGAUGAAUAUCUCAAUGAGCAGCUUUUCAACUGUUUGAAUAAUCAAACCAAUGUGAUACAUCAAAUAACUCAAUAUUCACAUGUUAUUCGUAUGCAAUUGGGUGACAUAAAGAAUAAUGUAGAAUUCUUAGCUAAUAAAGUUGCAUCUAUCCAACAACAUCAUAAUCUAUUACAACUGCGACAGCAUGAAUCUUUCGUGUUACCAUUUGUUCAGAUACGUGCACCUCAAGCUCCGCCGUUCAUGCCAAACUCCUUGCUUUCAUUUCGACCACCGUAUCCCAUGCCUCUGUAUAACAAUAGAUUUGAUCUGACAACUAUAACAUCACCAUCACCAUCACUACCACCUUCAUUUGCAAGAAAAUCCGAUGAAUUGCCUUCUACUUCCACUCCAUUUGUAUUCAAUGACAUUCAGGCGACUACCAAUAUUUAUACACUCGAUCGUGGUGAUGAUGAUGGUGAAGACGGUGCUGCCGACGAUUCCUAUGAACCAUCUCAUACAUUCAAACCACUUGUACAUUUAUUACCCGUCAAAACUAAAACAGGAGAAGAAGACGAAAAUAUUCUCUUUUGUGAACGAGCAAAACUCUAUCGUUUUGAUCCAUCGACCAACGAAAUGAAAGAACGUGGACUCGGUGAGAUGAAGAUCUUACAACAUAAGACAACUCAUCUGUGUCGAGUACUGAUGCGUCGUGAACAAGUAUUCAAAGUGUGUGCCAACCAUCGAAUAACAUCUGAAAUGGAAUUGAAAAAGCAUCAAGGUAAAGAAAAUGCCUACAUAUGGUCAGCCAUGGAUUGCUCCGAUGGUCCAGUUAAACAUGAAACACUAUGUGUGAAGUUCAAAACGGAUGAACAAGGAAAACGAUUUGUGAAAGUAUUUCAAGAAGGGAAAGUAAUCAAUGGAAAACAAACGGUAGAUUCGUUACCUUUUGACAACAUACGAUUGUCCGACGACGAUGUAACGGUGAUCGACGAGAUUAAACCAACAAAGGAACAAAUUGAUCGAGCAAAACGUCUUCAGCUACCGCCAACAUUUUAUUUGUAUGAAAAUAAAGAACCUUGUAAAGGCUGUCGUGGUUGUAGAGAAGAGUCAUCAUCGAUUCUAUCAAAUGAAGUUCAACAUGACGAUCAACUGGAUCAAUAUCGCGCAAUGGCUCUACUUGAACAACUAAGAAGCUUUCCAUCCGCUUUCUUUCCAAAUUCAUCGUUGCAAUCCUUAAUGUCUCUAGUACCAUCUUGGCUUCCUGAAAGUCCAGAUUCUCGUCCAAUGUUGAAUAUGCCUUCGCCUCCCAAAGAUCAUCGAACAUUUAUAAAAGCAAAACGUUCCUUGCCGAGCAAUCGAGUACCUCCACCGCCAACCAUAUCAGCUAAACCUUCUGCUUAUGAACAAAGUUCGUCUGGUACAGAAGAAGUAGCAGUUGUGCAAACCCAUCAGAAAAAAUCGCGAAAUUUUUCGGGUACUAACCUUCAAUCGUAUUCACUGGAUAACUACGCAUCGCAACUAACGGAGAAUAUCUUGGAUCGAGUGAAACAAGAUCUCACUAAACAACUACGAAUAGUAACAACGAAAGAUGAUGCAACUUUAAAAUCUCAAUCUGAUAAGACCAUGCCGUCCAUUUUUUCGAACCUAACUUUAGCUAAACCAGAUUUGUCUAGUUUUUCCUUUGCCAACCUUGAUAGCUCGAGCAAAACAUCUACGAGUGAAUUUCAAUUUUCGCAACCGACUUCAAUUACAAACACGACGCCACCUCCACUGUUUUCAUUCGGCAACAUACCAAAAGUUAGUUUCGCUCAGGUAGCACAGCAAUCACCAGAUAAUCGAUGGACUACAAGUAGCACCGAUCGACGAGACUUUCCUGGUCAAAGUUUACCGCUAUUCACUACGAAGACGAACGAAAAUAAUGAUGAAGACGGUGCUGCCGACGAUUCCUAUGAACCAUCUCAUACAUUCAAACCACUUGUACAUUUAUUACCCGUCAAAACUAAAACAGGAGAAGAAGACGAAAAUAUUCUCUUUUGUGAACGAGCAAAACUCUAUCGUUUUGAUCCAUUGACCAACGAAAUGAAAGAACGUGGACUCGGCGAGAUGAAGAUCUUACAACAUAAGACAACUCAUCUGUGUCGAGUAUUGAUGCGUCGUGAACAAGUAUUCAAAGUGUGUGCCAACCAUCGAAUAACAUCUGAAAUGGAAUUGAAAGAGCAUCAAGGUAAAGAAAAUGCCUACAUAUGGUCAGCCAUGGAUUGCUCCGAUGGUCCAGUUAAACAUGAAACACUAUGUGUAAAAUUUAAGACAAACGAUCAAGCGAAACGUUUUUAUCAACAAUUUAAUGAUGCCAAACAAAUCAAUGCUACUAAUCAACAGUGA